CACCCAGGCUGCCCAGAUGCUAGCGCGGCGGCUCCGCACUGAGGAUUGGACCCUUCCUGCCACGCUCCCACAUCCUCGCGCCGCUCGCUGUCGCCCCGUCCCCGCGUCCCCCGGCCAGCCCAGCAUCGGAUCUCCGCGGCGGAGAGGAGGAUCCCCGCUCCCUGCCAUGCUGAGGGCGCGCUCCGCGCUCUGGACUGCGGCUCUGACCGCGCUGGCAUUUCUCCACGGGCCGCCAGCGGCACGGGCCGGCGCGGGCGCUGCGGGCACCGGCCCAGUGGUGCGCUGCGAGCCGUGCGACGCGCGUGCCCUGGCCCAGUGCGCGCCACCUCCCCCUGCGCCCCCGUGCGCCGAGCUUGUGCGCGAGCCGGGCUGUGGCUGCUGCCUGACGUGCGCGCUGCGCGAGGGUCAGCCUUGCGGCGUCUACACCGAGCGCUGCGGCUCCGGCCUCCGCUGCCAGCCGCCGCCCGGCGAGCCACGCCCGCUACAAGCGCUGCUGGACGGCCGCGGGAUCUGCGCCAACGCCAGCGCCGCCGGCCGCCUGCGCGCCUACCUGCUGCCCGCAACGCCCGCGCCAGGAAAUGGCAGUGAGUCAGAGGAAGGCCACAGCGUGGGGAGCACAGAGAACCAGGCCCUGACCAGCACGCACAGGGUGCCCGACUCCAAAUUCCACCCCGUCCACACCAAGAUGGACGUCAUCAAGAAAGGACACGCCAAGGACAGCCAGCGCUACAAGGUCGACUAUGAGUCUCAGAGCACAGACACGCAGAACUUCUCGUCCGAGUCCAAGCGUGAGACGGAAUACGGGCCCUGCCGCCGGGAAAUGGAGGACACGCUGAACCAUCUCAAGUUCCUGAACAUGCUUAGCCCCAGGGGCAUCCACAUCCCCAACUGCGACAAGAAGGGCUUCUACAAGAAAAAGCAGUGCCGCCCUUCCAAAGGCAGGAAGCGGGGCUUCUGCUGGUGCGUGGAUAAGUACGGGCAGCCCCUCCCGGGCUUCGACGUGAAGGGGAAAGGGGACGUGCACUGCUACAGCAUGGAGAGCAAGUAGACUGCGGCCACUUCAUGUGGAGCUCAAAUAUGCCUUAUUUUGCACAAAAGACUGCCAAGGACAUGAUCAGCAGCUGGCUACAGCCUCGAUUUCAAUUUCUUUUUGUGGUGAAUUGAUUUUUUUUUUUUUUUAAAACCAAAGUUUAGAAAGAGAUGUUUGAAAUGCCUAGUUUUCUUCCAAAUGGUGAACUUGGCAUCUUUCCACUUUCCAGUAGUCAGUGAAACGCAGUUUGAUUCUUCUUGUUGCUUCCUAUAAAAAUACCUGUAAGCUCAAGCACGGCGUGGCCGUAACUCACACCACCCUGGAACCCUCCCCACGUGUUUGCCGACGCAGCCAACCCUCCACUUCAUGCCUUAGCGACAGUGUUGCUUAUGUAGAUGCGCGCUUCGUCCCCACGUGUAAGAUGAGACAAGGCCUCAUGGAGAAGAGGAACGCCCUGCCCUCUGAUGCCUGCACAUCACGACGCACCCACCUGGGGCUACAUCUUUGAAGCAAGGGCCGGGGUCCCUGGACCAAGAAGAUAUUUUGUAUCUUCAAGGGACCUGCACUGCUUGGAAACUAGUGGAGAGAAUAAGGUGGAAUCUUGCACAAAAAAAUAAUAAUAAUAAUGACCAAGAAUGUUCUAGGGAACUCUGGGAACCUACAAAGGUGGGGAUUUCUGACCCUUCUUUGUCAGGCAGCUUCCUGAAGACACAGCCUUUGCUGAGGCCCCGUGGGGCAGGGGGGCAGGGUGACAGCCAGGGGCAUCACAGAUAAUAGCCUUGUUCUCCAAUGACUGCAGAAAAUAGCAUUUUCCCACUCAACAAUUCAAGAGCAAGUGUAUUCUUGAGGAUAAGCUCCUUAAAGACAAAAGAGGUUUAUGUUCAUCUCUCCCCUUUUGUCCUCCUUGGCACAAUGUAAAAAAUAAUGAUUCUAUCUAACCUGGAAGACGAAUGGCUUGUUGGGGAGCCGGUCGAGGACACUGGGAGAACACAGAGAAUCCCCCUUGCUUUGCUGCACUUGGACUUCCUUCUUUUCUUUCUAAGUCACACGUACACGCAGAGAGAAUACCCUCUUCAUGACUGUUCACAGUGUAUACGUCAUCGUCCAGAUAUGAUAGCACCUAUACUAGAUAAUCCUAGACAAAUUGUAAGCAAUGCUAGAGAAUAUAAACACGGCCACGACGGAGGGAGGGGGCUCGUGCACAGGGCGCAGCCGCUCUCCCGGAGGCCACCCUCCAGGUCUGGCAGGAGAGUGGGGAGGGGCCCUCGGCCGCCCCACUGUAGCCUCUGGUUGUAUGCACGCUGCACACAGCCCUCCUGGAGAACACAAAGGGAUCUCAAGAUGUUCUGCCUACCUAUUAGCUUUCCUUUAUUUUUUUAAUUAAGUUUUUGAGAAAAAAAAAGGUAUUUUUGAAAAGUUCGUCUUGCAAUGUAUUUAUAAAUAGUAAAUAAAGUUUUUACCAUAAAGAAA